AAUAAGACAAACUGACAAAUGAAAAUAACAAAUGUGAAUAUAAUCAACAAAAAGCAGAAGCAACUCUGGAGACAACCUAAAAAUGAAAGGUCAAACACAUCAUCAAAGUGAGUCUCCAGAAGUCAGAAAUGGCUGAAGUCAUAAACAACUGAAUGUAUCUGAUUCUGAUGACUUUAUGCAUGAAGGAUGCUGAAUCACCUACAUCACGGAGUUAUAACGUUGAUGAUUGGUCAGUAGUCCUCCAAAUAAGCAGCACAGCUACUUCCAUUAGCCUCAAUGGAGCAGGAUGUGGAAAGCCCUAUUACCAUUAAACAGCCAAGGCUACCGAAACAAGUGAGAGAGGAUUUACCUAAGCAGCUACGAAACGACUGUACGAAGAAGAAGAUUCAAAGAUACGUUCGUAAAGAUGGCAAGUGCAAUGUCCAUCAUGGAAAUGUCAGAGAGACCUACCGUUACCUUACGGAUAUCUUCACUACCCUAGUUGAUCUAAAAUGGAGGUUCAAUUUGUUUAUUUUUGUCAUGGUUUACACUGUCACAUGGCUAUUUUUCGGAAUGAUCUGGUGGCUUAUUGCUUAUAUACGAGGGGACCUAAAUCACAUAGGUGACCCCUCAUGGACUCCAUGUGUAAAUAAUCUUAAUGGAUUUGUCUCAGCUUUUUUAUUCUCUAUAGAGACAGAGACCACAAUUGGUUAUGGGUAUAGGGUGAUCACAGACAAAUGUCCCGAAGGAAUAAUCCUUCUCUUGGUGCAGUCUGUUUUGGGAUCAAUAGUCAAUGCCUUUAUGGUUGGUUGCAUGUUUGUAAAGAUAUCGCAGCCCAAGAAAAGAGCAGAGACCCUUGUUUUUUCAACAAAUGCAGUUAUUUCCAUGCGUGAUGGGAAGUUGUGCCUGAUGUUCCGUGUUGGGGACCUAAGAAAUUCACACAUUGUGGAAGCAUCAAUACGGGCCAAGCUGAUCAAAUCUAAACAUACAAAAGAAGGGGAAUUCAUUCCACUAAAUCAAACAGACAUAAAUGUUGGAUAUGAUACAGGUGAUGAUCGAUUGUUUUUGGUUUCACCGUUAAUCAUCUGCCAUGAAAUAAACCAGCAAAGCCCAUUUUGGGAGAUAUCAAAAGCUCAGAUGGCCAAAGAAGAGCUAGAGAUUGUUGUUAUCUUGGAAGGGAUGGUGGAAGCAACAGGAAUGACAUGUCAAGCACGAAGCUCAUAUGUCGCAAGUGAGAUCCUAUGGGGCCACCGUUUCACACCAGUUCUAACCUUGGAGGAUGGUUUCUAUGAGGUUGACUACAACAGCUUUCAUGAUACUUAUGAAACAUACACACCACCAUACAGUGCCAAAGAGUUGGCAGAGGUGGCCAGUCGAGCUGAGCUACCCCUCAGUUGGUCAGUGUCCAGUAAAUUAAACCAACAAAGUGAGCCAGAAAAAGAAGAUGAAGAGGAAAAGAGCCAUGAGGACCAAACUGAGAGGAAUGGCGAUGUUGGCAAUUUAGAGAAUGAAUCCAAAGUUUAAAAAAUGAUGGCAGGACACCUUUACAUAAUAUAGUAUCUUUUUUAAAAAAAAAUAAAUAAAACCACAUAAACAGCCAGGUGUACAAUGCUACUUUUCCCAUUGUCAAAACAAGAAGGUUCAUUAAAAAUGUUAGUUCUGUAAAGCUGCAAUAUUUAUUCCCUUACCGACCUCACUAAAUAAUUAUUCUUUUUACAGAACAGGUGGCACAUUAGCAUGUAUUUUCAUUUUUCCUGUCUUUAAAUGUACUCUUUAUGUUUUACAACCUUUGCUCUUCCUCCUUUAUCUCAGUUAGUUUCUGAGAUGUCUGUUCUGGCUGCCCAUCUCAAAGGCCUGCUCACAACACUGGUUUUCCAGAUAAGAUGCACUCAGUCUUAGGAAUUCUUCAAGGUUUACUCCAGCCAGAACUCUAACACUCAAUUCAUGUAUAACCAUAUAUCACAGAAUAGCCUUCCUAGUACAGAUCAGACAGAAAGGUAAGGUAGGUAACUAGAUGGAUUGUACUGCCACCUUCACACUGAUAUACCUGUACAUGAAAUACACAUUCUGUUAAAAUGGUCACAACAAACUAUUCAGCUGAAACUAUCAGCCACUCAGUGGACUGUAUUUUAACUAUUUCCCAUAAUCACUGACACUACCAAUAUCGUUACUGCUAUUGGCAUUAAAACGAUUUGCCUAGCAGACAGACAAAAUUCCAUUAUAGUAAGUAACGUGACAGCCCUACUCUAAGACUCCACAGGCCUGAAGUAGGGCAGUCAGAAUAAAGACACAGCUCCAGAUUCCUACAUAUUGGAACUGUGUAUCACCAGCAUGCAAUCACAGGCAAGCUUUAAAAAUCAGCUUACCAUCCUGUAAAAAAGAUGUGAGACGGGCCCAAUUGCAUUUAACUAUAGCUUCUCAAUGGUGUUUUCAGCAAAGGUUUGUUGGAAGGUGUAUGACUGGCAUGUAUAGGAAUGCACAUUAUAAACAUGAAUAUUUAAAUGCUGUAACUAGUAAAUGGACAGAUAAUUCAGUAAAACACUGUACAUAUGCCUUAUGCAAUAUUUUCUCUAUUUUAGGAGUAAAACAAAGCAUGUAAAAACAUACUGUAGUAAAGACCUUCUAAAUAGUGUAAAUAUCUUUAAUUACGUAGGUUUAGAUUCACAAAUACUUCUAGGAAUAAUGGGAUGCAAAAAACAACCUAAUAUGGUUGAUAUUUUUGGUUUUCAGUGUGUUUAACAGGAAACUGUCAAAAUUUACAUCCAGACACUUUACUGCAUGACCUUUCUCUUCAGUUACCAGACUGGCAGCUACAGAAGUCCUCUGUUCCCCUUUUUAUCAUUUUACUGACUCUAAAAGCCAUACGUCUGGAGGAAAAUGGCUCUGAUAUUACUAAUAUACUGUGAAGUGUUUACACGAGUACUAUCUCUUUCACAAUUCUGUUGCUGUAGCUAACCUUUAGACUGCCAAAUGCUUGUUGAACUACAAGGAUUUCACAGAGAAAAUGAGCAGUCUGAAAGUUAUGCCAAAGCCAAGCUAUGUUUUUUUCAGCAUCAGAAAUAAUCGUUUGAGCAAAGGUCAUUUUGGUAGGAUGGAGAGAAUUUUUAUUAUAUUGAUAGAAUAAGCCAUUAAAAACUCUGGAUUGUAUCCAUAGUUACACAGAGAGCACCUUCGAACUUCCCAGCAGUGGGAAAAACAAACUUUACUUACAAGUUCUAAUAAUUUAAAACUAUCACUCGGCAUAGGUAGAAGUUUGUUCAUUUCUAAAGUUAUACAGAGUGCUUUAUGUUGUAGAUUUAUUUCUAUCAUGAUUUCUUAGUUAAUGUAGUUAUGAAUUAUUGUUUCAAAUCAGUGCAUGGAAUAAGAAACAUUUUCCACAUGCUCCAGCUGUAUCUGAAGAAUUACAGCCUUAAUGCCCUUUCUAAACUUGUGCAGUUCAGAAAUACUUAGUUUUAAAAAAGUCAAUUUCAUUUUUAAUUUUUUUCAGCUAUCAUUUGCAUGAAAAUGUAAACUCAGGAUAUGCCUUGUGGGCAGGUGAAAGUUUUGCACUGUGAUAGUUUCAUAUUCAUUUCAAAUUUUGCUGUUACUUCAAGCAGCCCUUGUCGCCCACAAUGAGGGAGGAAUGUGGUCAGCUUUAAUUUGGAGCUGUACAAAUUUUAUGACAAAAAUUUUUAACAUUUGCAGAGUUAAACCUUUUAGUCCCAGAGAAGUAAGAUGGUUCACUAUGUUGCAUUACAUGCUUAAACAGGUUUCCAGAGAUAUUACGUUGACUUUAACAGUAUCCCACAGCAUGUACAGUUCUUUUUUUUUCAGGAUUUUUUUUAAUCCUAGAAUGUUUAAUCAUAGAUUAAGACAUUUAAAAGAAUGUUAAUCACAUUGCAUAACAUUGUCCUUUUGACAGUAGCACUCCACAACUACUGUAUUUCAUUUUAGAGUAAGUACAUCUUUGAACCUAUGCCAAAAGAAAUUUUUGCCCGCUAUGUUUUUUAUAUAGAACUGUUAGUUGAUGUCACAAUGUAUGGGGGGCAUCUUUCCCAAAUAACUCUUCUGAAAAUAAAGCAACAUAUUUUUCGUAGCUUAAUAGCAACAGUUUUCAAAAUAUUCGCAAUAUGAAAUGCAACACUGAAAAGCUUGCAUGAUCCACAACUUUUUAAAGAACUGUAAUGCUGUAUGUUUAAUUUCUUGGGAAAAUGAAUUGCACAUGUAUCUGAAAACUGGUUCUGUAAACUAAAAUGUUCUCAGGCUUCUUUUUACAUUUUAAAGUAUAAUAAAUAUUCUAAAAGAUGUCUGGAUACUGGAUAAAGAGAA